AUGACCUCAUCUCAGCCGAUCCACUUCACCACAACAUCCCCUCUGCCCGCCUCAGGCAAACCUGUGGAGAAAGUUCUGACCAACUUGUCGCUUGGUGAGAAUGGGACCGGGAAGACCAGCCGCCAGCCUGCUGAAUAUGAUCUGGAGCCCUACAAGGCUGCCAACGAGAGGAGCGGAUCGCAUGUAGGCCAAAGCCAAACGAAUAAGGCUGAAGUUUACACGUUUAAGAGCAUGAACGGUGUGCAGAUCACUGUGCUUGAUACCCCUGGCCUUGCCGACACUCGCGGCGUACUGCAGGAUAACGAGCACAAGAAAAACAUCGUCGCUGCGAUUGGGGAGAACAUCCCGGAAGUGACAGCCGUCAUCAUCCUCGCCUACGGUACCAACCCCCGCCUCGGUUUUGCUACUGAUUUUGUCUUCACUACGCUUACCGCUAUUUUCCCGAAUACCCUUGCUAACAACAUUUGUCUUCUCUUCACCAAUGUCGCUAGCCCCCUCUCAUGGAAUCUCCAAAGUGACCGUCUUCCGGUCGAAUUGCAAAAGUCGAGGCGGUUCUUCCUCGAUAAUCCCUUCGCCAUGCAGAAGCGACUUCAACAGAUCAAACAAGAGACGGAGAAGGAGGGCAAGAUUGACGACGAUACUCGGGACAUGUUGGAAGACUUGGAAACGGCAGUCAAUACAGGUCAUAAAGCCGCGUUAAAGAUGCUUGUCAAACUAUUCGACUGGCUAGAUACCCUGGAGCGCAAAGGUACCCGGGAGAUCAUAUCGCUCUAUGAAAAAUCUACCACUAUCGACCGCAACAUCGAUGAAACCCUUGCCCGCAUGACACAGCUCGCGUUGAAGAAGGCGAAACUUGAACAAUUGAUUAGGGAAUCAAACGGCAUCAAGCUGACCGUCGAGGCGACUAAAAACUUCACACAGGAAAGCACCAAGGAAAUGUGGGUGUACCAGGACCAACCCUUUCACAGCACCAUUUGCGGCGAACCUCAAUGUUAUUCCAAUUGCCACAAGAACUGUACUGUCCCAUACACCGUUGACCCCAAGAACUUAAGUGGAUGUGCCUCAUUUUUGGACAGUGACGGAAAACACCUUGAUCACUGCAUCGACUGUAAACACCACAUGGACAAGCAUCGUCAUUAUAACUCUAUCUGGGUCCAUCAGGUCGAGAAGAAAAAAAUUAUUAACAGCGGUACCCAGAAGCUACAUGAAGACGCCACUGAGAAGCUGGGAAAGAAACAAGUUGAAGUCGGGGACGUCCGCAAGGAGGCCGAUAAGAUCGGUGAAGAUAUGGUGACCGCGACCGAAAAAAUCGGUCAGCUGGCCGCAGAGUAUUCGGAACUCGCCCUCUCAGGAAGCUUCACAGGCCAGGUGAAGAAGUCCGUGAACUUACUCGAGACGCAUCUUCAAGGUCUUCGGAACAAGAGCGACGUCGACCCCGGGACUAUCAAACAGAUCGAGGCGAGUUUAGACCAACUUCAGGGCAAGCUGAGGGUACUCGAGCUUGCGGCAGAAGCGGCGAAAAUGAGUAUACCGCCGUCAAUGCUUUAG